GAGCCGGCGGGCCACCACGAAGAGACCGCUGCCAGUAAUAGAGACACAGACAUUAAGCUGACGCUGUGCAGAGUGAGCGCUAUGUUCGCCGAGGCGCAGUAUCACCCUCUCUAACGCUACUUGCGCACAGUCACUCCCUCAAACCCAAUUCCUUAUUCGUCAUGGCCCCCAUGGGUAUCCGUCUCUCCCCCCUGGGAAUCGGAGUGUUCUGCCUGUUGGCACUGGGAGUUCUGUACCACGUGUACUCGGGUUUCCUCACAGGCAGGUUCGCAGCCUUCCUCUUGGGGGAUAGAGCCGGGGACACGGUGGAUCUGAGGGAGUUGCUGGCUGUAUCGGUGAGGGCUGCGGAGCUCGGAGGGGUCGAGGUGAAGAAAGUCCGAGAAAGCAACUCGCUCAAUGAGAAGGCGAAGGGCAAGACCCGGGAGGGGGAGGACGAGAAGAUGACCAGUGGGGAUGUCCUGUCCAAUAAGAAAAUGUAUCACCUCAUCAAAAAUGCCUUUCCGGCUGUGCUGGUAAACACCGAAGAGCAGGUUGAUCCUGAUGAGGAGGAUGCGGUCUCUUGGGAUCAUGACAUUCCUGAUGAAAUAAAGGAUAAAAUAAAAACUUCAAAACCUGUUUCCUCUGAGAGCAUUACAAUCUGGAUAGACCCUCUAGAUGCAACACAUGAGUAUGCAGAAAAUCUGGUAAAAUAUGUCACUACCAUGGUAUGUGUUGCUGUAAAUGGCAAACCUGUUAUUGGGGUGAUUCAUAAACCUUUCACAGGUUAUACUGCAUGGGCCAUGGUGGAUGAAGGUGCAAAUAUAAAGAAGCGAAGUUCAUACAAUGAGAAAACUCCUACUUUUAUUGUGUCACGUUCUCAUUCGGGGGAGGUGAAAGAGGUCACCCGGCAAACAUUUGGUAACAAGACAGAAAUCAUAUCUGCGGGAGGAGCAGGUUACAAGGUCCUUUCUUUGCUGGAUGUGACUGCCGAUGAGCAAGAAAAAGCUGAUGUAUAUAUUCACGUUACCUACAUUAAGAAGUGGGACAUUUGUGCCGGCAAUGCUAUCCUAAAUGCACUUGGUGGUCACAUGACUACUCUCAAAGGAGAAGAAAUUAGCUACACAGGCUCAGAACAAAACGAAGGGGGAUUGCUAGCCAGCAUUGGAAUGGAUCACAGUGCACUUGUUGGAAAACUGGCUGAAAAGAUAUCAGUCAAUGCCAAGAAGCCAGCCAAGUAAAGGAUAACUGAAAUACAAUACCAGAUUGUGACUUAUGACCUUGGCUUGAUAUGUUUCUAGAAUACACAAGACCAGCAAGUGAAAGACAGGGAAUUGCUGUUAAAACGUGGCCUGUGGGUGCCAGUUUUUUCUUCUGUAUACUCGAGCGAGAGCUGCAACUUACUACAAGUGGCCCAGCUGUAUUAUUUGGACUUGAAAGACGUUGCCGGCAUUGGAUGAUAUGGACAUUGCAUUUAAUGAACAUGUAAAUCUGUAAAGUCUGAUCUCAAGCAGCAUAUGAAUAGAACUAUUUUGCUUAAUUAAAUGGCUGCAAUGGACAGCCUUUAUUUUUUUUUCAUUCCAGACUCUUCAUUAGCUUGAUUAAUAAAAUCAAUCAUUGUG